ACAUGUAUUUGCCAGUUUCCAACUGCAUUCGCGUUAACUGUACGUCUAUCUAAAGAUAAAACUGAGUAAAUUGAAUGGAAAUUCGGUUUUCCGCUGACAUUUUCCGAAAUAAUCCAAUAAUAAUCAAUUAAUAGGGUGAUUUUGACGUGAAAAUGCGUUUUCUGUGGACUGAUUGUGAGUGGGGUUUGCUUUUUUAAAGAUUUUUUCGUUUUUUUUUUUUGGUUUUUCCAGUGCAGUGCAGUGCGGGAUUUUUUUUUUCUAUUUGAGAUGGCGUAACCAGUCACACAAAGAUGGCGGCAGUCUCCUCCGUUCACUUACAGGACCAGAUCAAGAUCCAGGACCAAAGUGACGAAGAGCACGACCCCUACUCGCCCAACACUAGAGACACCAUCACACCAGACUUCAUAGAAGAAGACAAACAAGAGAGGCCUAUACACACAUCCUCUUUCUCUAUACACAAUGUCCUUAAGAAGGAAAGAGACAGUAAUAGUCCUGAGAACGUCUUCUCAACUGAAAAGUUGUUGCAAAGUACACCGAACUUUGAAGAUUCUAGGAACUCUGAAAGCGUUAGUCCGAGACUUGAAGAUGAUCACAAUGAAAGAGCUGAUAUAAGUGUUGAUGACAACUCUUGUUGUAGUGAUGAUACUGUGCUAUCUGUUGGCAAUGAAGCCUUACCAACCAAUUACCCAAACGACAAAGAUCCGAACCAAGGCUUAACCUCCUUCAAACAUAUACAAACUCAUUUGAACGCAAUAUCACAGUUAAGUCAAAAUUUAAACAUAAACCAACCAAUCCUCCUACGACCCAACCCAAUAACACCAAACCCGUUAAUGUUCCUAAACCAACCGUUGUUAUUCCAAAACCCUUUAAUAAACCAAGUGGAUUUAAAAUCAGGGUUACCGAGAAUCGGUUUGCAGCAAAACAAUUUGAAUUUGAACCAAAAUUACAUGAAUUAUGCGAGAAAAAAUGAACUGAACGAAAGAAGACAGAGUUAUUCGCCGAAGUUACAUGAAAACGAGUCAAGUAGAGAUUUUAUCAACCAAGGAUGUUUGAAAUUUAGCAUUGAUAAUAUACUGAAAGCUGAUUUUGGUAGACGAAUUACUGAUCCGUUGACAAAGAGAAAAACGAAGACGAGGCAGUAUGAGGCAAAAUCUACCCCUGUCAAAGAGGUUCAGUCUCCCCCUAAAGAGGUAGAGGCUAGAGUGCCGGACGUCAAGCCAACUGAUAAAGGGGCCAUAGAUUUGUCUAAAGGAGAUGAUAGUUGCAGCAAUGCAUCUUCAACACCUGGCACGACGAGCGACGGGCCCAUGGUGUGGCCGGCGUGGGUGUACUGCACGAGGUACAGUGACAGGCCUAGUUCCGGAAGAAGUAAGUACGGGACGCGCUCACAGCUGCAAUGUCCGCGCACCAGAAGGCCGAAGAAACCCCCCGUGGAAGGGAAUCAGUCUGACGAAAAACGACCAAGAACUGCAUUUUCUGGGCCACAGCUUGCUAGACUAAAGCACGAGUUUGCAGAGAACCGCUACCUUACAGAGAGGAGACGACAGUCUCUCGCAGCAGAGCUGGGACUGGCGGAAGCGCAGAUUAAGAUAUGGUUCCAGAACAAGCGCGCCAAGAUCAAGAAGGCGUCAGGCCAGAGGAACCCACUAGCGCUGCAGCUGAUGGCGCAAGGGUUGUACAACCACAGCACGAUACCCUUGACAAAAGAAGAGGAAGAAUUAGAAAUGAAGGCGAGAGAAAGAGAACAGAGUAGGCAAUGAGACACAAUCAGUGAAAGAGUGUCAUUGUAAUCGAAACAGAUAUCUUGCCAUGAGAGUGAUAAGAACUAUACAGAAGCUGUGUAGCAAAUGUGGCACUAAUUCUUGAAUAAUUUGCCAAAUCUAUGGAUAGUGUUAAACAUCCUACCAAAACUACAGAUAUCGCAUUUAUUAUUUUAACGAAUUCCAAUUUUGAAUUGAAGUAAUUAAACUUUAAUAUUUUAUUGAUAACGAAGAUAUCUGUACAGCUGAUUAGAUGCCAAUGAAAGAAUCGAUAAGUUAUUGUGUGCUUUAAAAAUGGGGCACUACAGUGUUUCCAUACUAUUAAAAUAAAUUGCACAAAGUAUGAUACAAAAUGUUAAAAUGUGGCAACAUGGCAAAAAUGUCUACUAAAGCUAGUUGAAGGUACACAACUAUGUACCGUAGUGGCUCUCUAUGAGAAAGUGCAAAUAAAUUAAGAAUGACUGUAAGAACUUUGUGAUUGAAUAAAGUGUAAUAUAAACGUUAUAGUGUAAAUUAAUUAACGAUUGUCGUUGGAGUUCUAAUCAAAAUGUAAUGUUAUUUAAGGUUUACAGAGGUAACUUCUUCGAUCGUUACGUUGAUCAACUCCGAUAUUCUAUAACGAUGUUUUCAAAACUUCUCGUAUUCGUUUCUAUAUCUCUCUAUCAUCAAUACUAUAGAUAAAGAGAGAUAGAGACGACUUCAAAACUCACACUUUCAGUUAUAAAAACACAUUUAUAUGUAUAGUACUGCUGUAUCUGGUGAAGUAACUAUACUGUUCCAUCUAACUACUAAAGACGAUGAACUGGAUGCACAUUUGUUAGCUCAAACACUUUCCAGGGAAUAUUGCUAGUUCAAAGAAGAGAUUGGUCGAUUGACUGAAUUUCAGUCUAGAAGAUAUUGUUGAAAAUAUAGGUCAAAUCAAAUUCAUGCACAACUUCAACGAUAGUUGUAUUGUUUAUAAGUGUUUAAAAAGGACAGUGAUUUACAGAUUCACAUAAGGUCUUUAUAAGUCCAGGAGGCUAUUUAUGUAUUCCUAUUAGAAGUGAUUAUUUACAUCAAGUUCACAAUCUAUCAUUUUUGAAAAUAGGGUUCUGAUCUAGGACCCAUUAACUAUUCAAAUCAUUAAUUUUAGGUCAUUAAAAUCUUGCCAUCAUCUAAAAUCUCAACAAAGUACAUAAUGUUAUUAUGUAAGUGAAUCGUUAUAAUUAGUGUAAUGUCAUUGAAUUGACUUGUAAAAAUGUGUUAAAUUUUAAUGAAUUGUAAAUAAUAACCCUCGAAUCAGAUCUUAACAGUUUAUAAGUUAUUUAUUGUGCAAUGUAGCAGUAUUAGAUCGAAAAUUGGUAUUGGAAAUAUUCUUAAACAAUUAAAAUAUAAAAUUCAUACCGUAAAUAUAACACUAAGAAAUUUUAGUUUAAAAAAAAUAUACAAUGUCUUUUUUGUACAGUUUAUUGUUUUAUAAAACGUAUUAAAAUGUUGAUGUGAUUAAAAAGUUGCAUAAUAUAAAUUCAGCCUUACUUUUUAAUAGUAAUAGGUAGGUAUCCGAUAAAGCGAUCUAUUAUAAAAGUGGAAAACGAUCCCUUAUAGUGAAUAAUCGCCUCAAGUAACGCAAAAAAAAAAACUUUACUAAUCAAUAAUGUUUUGUAUCCACUAGCCUGACGCAUAAUAUAUGUUAAACCUCGUUUGCCUGUUGACCGAUAAAUCGGGGCACAGCAUUGCUGUGUUGUGCAAUAAACACGGAUACUUGUGAUAUAUGUAUAUUUACACUUCCCACUACAUUAACCAAUUUUAAUAAACUUAUCUUGAAACUGUGACACGAAAGGAGUAAAGGUAUGAAACUUUUUAUGAAGGUUUAAUUAUUUAUUUGUCCAGUUAAGUUUUACAUUAAUAAUGUUAUUACAAAAAAUCGAUGUAUAGUUGUACAUACAUAGUUGUUUUAUUUUAUUAAUUUAGAUGUGUAACUGUCUCCUACCAAUAUUUGUGUCUAUUUCUCCGCGAAAUAGAAAAAAAUGGAAAUACACAAUACACAAAAUGUUCAGUUUAUUUAAGAAUAUUUUCAAUACGUAAAAACUAAGUAGGAAUUUAUAAAAAAAGUAUUAAAACAAUUUAGAAAAUUAUA